UACAACAUGAAGAACUUUAAUUCACUUCAGUUUAAUUAGUAAUUUAGUUUGACGUUUACACGCCCUGACAUCAACGGACAGACCUGCAACCAAUCAGGUCUGUGGUUCUACUCCUGUGGAUCAUCCCUGUGGAUCUUCUCCUGUGGAUCUUCUCCUGUGGUUCUUCUCCUGUGGUUCUUCUCCUGUGGUUCUUCUCCUGUGGAUCAUCCCUGUGGUUCUUCUCCUGUGGUUCUUCUCCUGUGGUUCUUCUCCUGUGGAUCUUCUCCUGUGGUUCUUCUCCUGUGGAUCAUCCCUGUGGAUCUUCUUCUGUGGUUGGCUCUUGGACCUCAGGUGGGUCCUGGUUCCCAAUCCUGGAUCACGUCUUGGUAUGACCGCAGACUCUUGUUGUUGUUUGGUUCUUUAAUGAGGCGAUCAUCUGAUAAUCUGCAGGUCUGACCCACUUUAAUGAGUCAAACAUCUGGUCACAUCCAGACCACUCAGAACCAGAUUACACUGAUCCGGAUCAAGGAUCACAGACCAGGUCUGAGGUCUCAGCUGCUGAUUAGAGUCGUCAGUAUUUUUUAUCAUAUAUAUUGUUAGAAUUUGAAGUAAUAUUUUCUUUGUAAUGUUUUAUUUGUACUUUUACUCUCAGUCUGAGGUAAUCUGAUUACAUGUACAUGUAUUAAAGUUACUAUACCGGGGCUCUGUCUGUGGGGGCGCUGUGGGGCUGCCGAGGAGCCGCUGAGCCAGCAGGGAGUCCGGAGGAGGAGGAGGAGGAGGAGGAGGAGUAACCGGACACCGACUCACAGAGCGGCUCCUGGCCGGUCAGAGCGCAGCGGAGCCCGGCAGCAGCAGCACGGAGCAGCGGAGCGACGAGCAGAGUCACACCGAGGACAACAGCUGAGGAGCGGCGGGGCUGAGGCGGAGGCUCCGGUCCUCUCCGCCGGACUUGGACAGUUUCUGACCCGCUUUGAGCUGCUCUCCCGCCGGUCCGCGGCUCUUUGUGAGGAUAACGGAGUUACCGUGAAAGUGGGUGAAGUACCGACAGCAUCCCGCCGCCGGCAGCCUGACAGCGGCCAGCAUGAAGAAGAGCAACUCCGGGAAACGGGGCCCGCAGGACUCGGCGCAGCAGCACCUUCAGCCCGAGAAGGUCGGCUGGAUCCGGAAGUUCUGCGGGAAAGGAAUCUUCAGAGAGAUCUGGAAGAACCGCUUCGUGGUUCUGAGAGGAGAUCAGCUGUUCAUCUGUGAGAAGGAGGUGAAGGAGCUGGGUCGGGCUGACGAGGUUCUGGACCUGUCGGACUACGAGCGCUGUGAAGAGAUCCGAAAGAACAAAAGUCGAAGUAAAAAAAACCACAGCAAGUUCAGACUGCAGCGGGUCAGCACGCCGGGCAACACGGUUCCUAACCUGGUGUUCCUGGCCGUCAGUCCGGAGGAGAAAGAGUCGUGGAUCAACAUCCUGAACGUCUCCAUCACCCGAUCCAAGAACAGAAUCCUGGACGAGGUGACGGUCGAGGACGCUCAGCUGUCUCACCUGACUCGAGAUCGAGUGAAGAUUCCUCACAACCGGCGCCUCCCGACCCGAGGUCACCUGCUCGCCGUGGCAUCCACCUCGUCCUCAGAUGGGAUGCUGACUCUGGAUCUGAUCCAGGAGGAGGACUCUGGGAGGUCUCCUCAGGGAGCCGAGCUCAGCCCGGACUGCCCCAGAUCCAAAACCGAUGGCGCACUGUCUGCGAGGACCGCCGAGGCUUCUGGGAAAUCACAGAGCCUCCCCCGGGAGGUGGUCGUGGUGUGGGAGCACACGGACCCCGCCCAAACGCCGCCGUCCGGAAAACGCCUGACGACAGCGGAGAAAAACCGCUGCGCAUCCAUGGACGAGAUCCUGACGCACUCUGAGACCAAAGCUGUAAAGAACAAGACGACCGCGGCGACCCACCCACUGGCUGGCGCCGGUACCGUGGCGCCCGUCAACCAGCUACAGGAGCUGAUCAGCCAGAAGCUGGAGAAGACGGAGCGGCUGCUGACGGAGGUGCGAGCGGAGGUGGACGGCGAGGCCGCAGAGUGCGGAAAGAUCAAGGCGAAGGAAUCGUCGGAGGGAGCUCGAGCUGAAGCGGAGAGACUCCUGAAGGAGGCGGCGGCGGCGUGGAGUCAGGCCCGGGAGGUUCUGGAGGAGGUCAAGGAGCUCAGGGCACUGUACCGACAACUGGACUCCACCUCCUCCAUCACCCCCUCCAACAGCAGCAAGCUGAACCCAGACCGACGGAGCCCGAUGUGACCCGCACGGCACCGAGUCCGGUUCAGGUUCUGUUUGUUGGAAUUUUUAAAUUAUUUGGACAAAUUCAGGUUAUUAGAGACCGGGGCGGACCAGGACGGACUGGGACAGACCCGGAGGUGCACCGAUGUAGCACGACUUUCAAGGAUCCUCAAAAGACUUUUCCAGGUUUUGAAAAAGCCUUGAGCAGCACAGGUACGGCUAAAGACUCGACGUCUCGUCAAAGUGAACGAAAAUGUGCCAAGACGAGAGUCCAGAACCGGAUCCGGAUCUUCAUGCAUCGACACGUUUGUUUGUUUUUCGCAGGUUUGUUUGAAUUUGAGACAGGAAGUGGUAACUAAACUUCAUUCAUGUCUCAUGUAGCGCCACCAUCAGGUGAAAACCUGGAGCCUUUGUGUUUACUGCUAACGUUAGCAUGCUAAGCUAUGAUGGUAAAUAAGUUAGCGAGUUAGCAUUCUAGCAUUAGCAUUUUCAGACUCCAGGUCCAAACUCUGCACCCCGUGUGAAGAACCAGCUCCAGCUCAGGUGGAACCAGACUGAUCCUCAAAACACCGGAAACAUACCGGACCAACGGCACCAGAACUCUGACGGUUCCUCUCUACAGAUCAGGGCCAGCUAACAGCUAACAAAGCUAACACAACAGGCUAGCAAGCUACACUGCAGCUAGAGGAGAACCGUAUGCUAAUGUGAGCUAGCUAACAUUUAUCAGCUAAGUGAUGCUAAUGUAGCAUCCUGGCUACAGGAAACAGGGAUUCUGCUAGCUAGCUCUUUAAAUGGCAGAGGCUAACAAGCUAAUGCUAAUCUAUCUGUCGAACAUUUUCCAGAUAAACAAAUGAUUCUAAACUGUGACUGUAGCUUUAAGAUCAGCUGAGCUGAUGUUAGCUAGCUCUGUUAGCGGAGCCUCCCGGCUACAGGAAAUCAGCUGUUUGACAAACGAGCUAAUGUUAACCUGUCAGGAGCUAACGACGUUUCAUUCAAACUGAAUCUGUGCAGAGAAACAUCAGGAACAAACUCAGCUGAUGGCGAGCAGGUCGACCUCGCGGGUCACGUGACGUUUGCACUGAAACGUCCGAGAGACUCGAGCGUGUUUCAAACAAUCAACAAGUUUAAUGUUUAUUUUUGUAAACACGGUUCAGACUUUUGUACUUUUGUUAAAUCUGGUCGAGUGUCUGCGUCACGAAGUGACGACAAACGCAAAGUCCCGAAGUCCUCAGAGGGACCUGAAGCUGAAGGGCUGAAGCUGAAGGUCUGAAGCUGAAGGUCUGAAGCUGAAACUGAAGGGCUGAAGCUCUGAAGCUGAAGGUCUGAA